AUGGAGCGCUGGCGAGGGAAGGCUGCAUUGGUCACUGGCGCCAGCGCAGGCAUCGGCGCUGCCGUCGCGACGCGCCUCGCAGCACGCGGGGUGCGCGUCUUGGGACUCGGUCGUCGCCUCCACAAGCUGCAGGAAGUGGAGAAACUUGCUCGAGAACAAGGUGGUGAACUUCACGUCUUGGAGUGCGAUCUCACGAAGGAAGAAGACAUCCUGCGUGCUUUCCAAUGGGCCAGCGACAACUUUGGUGGAAUUGAUGUGCUCAUCAAUAAUGCUGGUCUCUUCUACGAGAGUCUCCUGUCAGACGGCGCGACUGACGAGUGGCGCCAGAUGCUGAAAGUGAACGUGCUGGCGCUUAACGUGUGCACGAGGGAGUUCCUGCGCGGACUGCAACGGCGCAGCACCCACGCGGGACACAUCGUGCACAUCAACAGCGUGGGUGGACACUGGGUUCCGUCCCUGCCUGGAGCGGCCGCCUACGCCGCCAGCAAGCACGCCGUGACGGCCCUCACUGAAGGGCUGCGCCGAGAGCUCGUGAAGACCGGCAGGGCUGGCAUCAAGGUCACGGCUAUUAGCCCAGGGCUCGUGAAGACUGAAAUAUUAGACAGGGGUAAUCUCCACUCUGCAGCAAGCGACACAGUUUUUGCCAGUCAUGCACACAUGCUGCCUGAGGACAUAGCAGAUGCUGUUGAAUAUGUCCUGUCUGUCCCAGAACGUGUCCAGAUCCAUGACAUCAUUCUCAGACCUGCUGGAGAAGAGGGCUUUUGAAGACAUAAAUUAAGAAUAGAAGUAUAUUUAUAAUGAUAUACCAUGGUUUUGUUACAAACUUAGAACUCACGAAACUAAUAAAGUGGUAGCAUAUGACUGUUGCAUAAUGUAGAAUUACUAAUAUUUUCCAAUAACUUGUUAUGUGUGCUAAUAAUUAGCUUGAAAUAAAACAGUUUAUUAAACAGAAUCAUACUAUAUCAAUUAAAUUUUUUUUUCAGUGAAUAGCAAAGUGUAAAAAGGACUUGACUGACAGCAGAACAUUCAUCUGCUCAUUUCACACUGGACAUUAAACCACUGUUAUAGUGUUGCUUCAUUAGUAAAUGAAAUGUGGAAAGUAAUUUAUUACAAUCAAUUCAGUUCCAUGGAUUGAUUUGAAACCUUGUAACUGAAACACCAAUAAUGACUGGAAAAAAAAGUGUUUUAACUUGGAUUUGUAGAUUUCCAAACACAACAAAAUUCUGUUAAUAAAAUAUGUUGAACUCCAUUUAAUAAAAAAGUGCAGUAUGUAAAAUAACUUCCAACAUUUCGAAAAAUGAAAAGGAAAAAAUUAUUAUCAAAUAUAUACUCUGUACACGAGGCAAACACAGUGUGACACAGUGGCGUAUUUUACUAAAUUAAUUUAACAAUAUGAUGCUUAAUGAAAGCUCGGUGUAUGGAGAGAAAGGAGUCACUGAAGGAAAUGAGAGAGCACCAUAUGGUAAUUAUUGUAACAGUAGGCAAAAGAACUGUACAAAGUUGAAUAAGUACUAAUACUACUUGCAAUUUUCCUGUAGUGCAAUUUUCUAGAAAAUGUACUGCUAUACUACUUUAUAUUUUCAGGGUAACACAGAAUAUUAAGGUAAUGCUGUUAGGAUACAUGUGUCUAAGACUGAGAUAAGAAGCAGCUAUGGAUUAAACUGCACUCUGCACUGAUGACUGCAGCCUCAAGGAAAUUAGACACUAAGAAUGGUAUCAACUAGACACCAGUAGAAAGUAACGUAUGUUUGGAUUAUUCCACUCAGCUGUCCUCAUUUAUGUAGGAAAGGAGCAUAGUACAUGUUUGUUUUAGAAUGUUAUAUGAGUUCAAGUAAACUCCUGUUGUCAUGAGUUGGAAUGAAAGAAGUACAAUGAAUUAAAUCUUCACAUACUUUUCAAACAGUGGAAAGACCUAGGUGGAAUUACAGUAGUAUUAUGAAAAGAGGAGAUGUUAAGUCACAGAUGUGCACAACAAAAAAACUGUUACACAUCAAGCUUUUGGCCGAAGAGGCCUUCUUCUGAAGUAGAACACACACAUACAUUUUCACACAAGCACAACUCGCACACAAUGCUACUGUCUCUGGCCACUGUGGCCAGACUGCAGACUUCAGUUAAACCUGAUGGGAGAAGCAAUUUGGCAUGGUGGGGGAAGGAGGAAGCUGGGGUGGAAAGGGGGAGGGUAGCAGGGUAGGGAUGGGUGAAGGCUUAGUGCUGCUUGUGGGAGCAGGAAGGGGGAUGGUGGGGACUAGUGCUGGAGAGGGCGCAGGGUCGGGAAUAAGUAGGUGAAGGGCGGGGGCUAACAAAUGUUGAGGCUGGAGGGGUGAGAGGGCAAGGGGC